AUGAAAGUGCCCUGGAACCGACUCAUCCGUUUUAUUGCCACCGACGGACGAGUUCUGCGCGGCGAGCCGAUCCUACCCAGCGCAGAUUUCGACCUAGGCCAUGUGACGGAAUCUGAUCAAUUGAAGGCCAAAGUUAUCGUCGGCGACGACCCUUUCGACACGACGGGAAAGACGGUCGUGAGCAAUGAAAUUGUCACGGUGAAAAAGUUGCUGGGUCCUUUAGCUAAGGAGGACGUACCAAUUUUGAGAUGUGUCGGCUUGAAUUAUGCGAAGCACAUCAAGGAAGCAGGCCGAACACCACCGCCCUUCCCCUUUAUAUUCUUCAAACCCAACACCACGGUUCUCGACCACGACGUGCCAGUGAUAAUUCCCAAGAUCGCCCAGGAUGACCAGGCCGACUACGAGGGAGAACUGUGCAUGGUCAUAGGCAAAGACGCCAAAGAAGUCUCCGUCGAAAACGCCCUCGACUUUGUCGCCGCCUACACGGCCGGCAACGACAUUUCAUCCCGCAAACUCCAGCGUGACCCGAACCUCGCCGGCCGUGUCCCUCAAUGGGGCUUUUCCAAGGGCUUCGACACAUUUGCCCCCAUGGGUCCGUGUCUCGUCGCAUCGGAACUCAUCAGCGAUCCGGCCAAGUUGCAUCUCAAGACCAUUGUGGACGGCGAGACGAGACAAGAGGAAAGCGUCUCGGACUUGCUGUUCGAUUGUGCUUAUUUGGUUUCGUAUCUGAGUCAGGGCACAACGCUGCAGAAAGGAAGCGUUAUUAUGACGGGGACGCCAGGAGGCGUCGGUGCAGGGAUGAAUCCCCCGAAAUACCUGGUCCCUGGUACGAAGAUGGAGGUCUCGAUAUCGAGCAUUGGCACAUUGAGAAAUGGUGUCGAAUUCGCAUGA